AUGGCAUCAAUGGAUUACGAGAACGAGAACCCUCCUCGAUUCGAAGACGAAGCUCCUCGUUACAAUGAGCGCGACCGCAGUGCAUCUCCUAGACCUACCCGUCGUAACGAUAGCCCAAGAGGUGGUCCUCGUCGAUCUGCAUCUCCAGCUGGCAAUGGACAUACCGAUAGCCGUGGCCCACCAAAGAACGAUCGUGGCGCACCCCAAGAUGACGGUGCUAUCAACCCUGGUUCCAAUUUGUUUGUGACUGGUAUUCACCCACGUCUCUCCGAAGUUGAGGUUACUCGUCUCUUCGAAAAAUACGGAGAUGUAGAGAAGUGCCAAAUCAUGCUUGACCCACACACCAAGGAAUCUCGUGGUUUUGGAUUCGUCAAAAUGGAGACUGCUGAGCAGGCCGACGCUGCUAAGGAAGGUCUUCAAGGUGAGGUUAUUGAAGGCCGCACUUUGAGCAUCGAGAAGGCUCGUCGCUCGCGUCCUCAAGAGGACCCACGUCACGGACCUUCCGGUGGUGGCCGCUACAACGACCGUUAUGAUGAUCGUCGCCGUGGUGGAGGUGGUUACGGAGGAGGCGGUGGUGGUGGUCGUUACUACGAUGACCGUCGCGAUGACCGCCGUGACAGAGGUUAUGGUGGCGGACGAGACCGUGACGACUAUGCUCCUCGAGGAGUCGACAGAUACGCCCGGGACGAUCGCUAUGGUCGUGGAGGAGAUGAUCGUCCACGCGGAGGUGGCGGAUACUCUGACCGCUACGAUCGUGGGGGAGACCGUGGUUCCGCUCGCGAUGCUGCUCCAGCAGCCGCCUAUGGUGAUCCAGCCCCUCGAGGAGAGGCCCGGGAACCAUACGGAGGUAGACACUACGAUGAGGAGAGAUAUGUGAAACGUGAAUUUUAA